UAGUGUAAGGAGCAGGAGAAGUGGAUUGCCAGAAAAUAGUGUCUAUUUCUCGACAGUUCCCCACCUUAGUUAGACAGGACUUCCUUUUGCAAAAACAAAACCUCAGAUGACUAGAGAUCUUCACAUCCUGCCACUGUCAUUUAUAGACCCUGCCCCACAGGCAAAGGCUGGGCUGCACCUCAGCUAGCAGGAAGCGUACGCAGCUGGUGCUGGUCCUGAAUGCUUGGCGGAGGCCUGGGAAGGCAGUGAGUUGGCUCUGCCCAGAGAGGGGCUGGUGGUGCUCUGCAGGAGCUGCUGCUGAACAAUCCCUCGUUGCUGUGAGUUGGCUAAUGCUGGAGAGCUGAUUGCGCCAGUGGCUGCAGGCCGGUGUGUGGGCAUCCAGAGAACCAACAACACCAGAGGUGUGACCCUCGAGAACCCCAGAUUCCUGGCCAAAUGGGGCUCUCCACAGCAGGAAUGGACGGGAGCAGGAUACCGAAUGGAGAUGUCAUUGCACAGGGCUGUCCUGGACCUCUAAUUAGCACACAUGAGCCACUGCAAUCUUCCGAGAUGGUAAGGGGCAAAGACAUCGAAGAGAUUCUUAGAGGUGUGACGCAUUCCAGAUGUGUGGGAGUCGAGAUAACCAACAAAACUGCAGUGAACCUCCGCUCCCCCAGCUUUUUCUGUUACAGCGGUCACACCUGCAUCCCCCCUGCGCCAGCCAUCAGCCCUGGCUGCAAGGAGACCUGUGUGUUUGUGAAGAGGAACUUCAGUGCCUGGGGAGUUGCAGGGGUUCUCGCGUAUGAGUGGGACGGGUUCUCAUUUAUCGUCAUGUUCUUGAACCCCUUUGACAACAACCUGAACCGCCUCCAGUAUGCACUGGAAAUCCGUGAGGGCAGAAUGAGCUGCAGGGAAUUGGAGAGUCUGUACCACAGCAUGCGUGGCCACAGGCCUCUGUCCAGCACCUAUCAAAAGGAACAACUUGGGAGAAACACAGCUGCCCUUGUUGUUACCUUACAUAGCUUUCAGAUUUCUGCCACUAUGUCCAAUCACAGCAAAGCUGCCCUUAGAUUAGUAAUUGAAGAGAGAGGUUCUCCUCCCUGCUACACUCCACUGCCACCUUGCUCCCAGCAGCCAUCUUCUCUGGUCCCCCGCUUCUCUCAGAAGCUGACCAAGUAACACGCCUGAAAAUGGUGUUCCUGUCUCAGAAAUCCCAAACGAGAGGGAGACACCACCCUGCCUUGGAAUGCUCUUCAUGCAGAAUCCAGGACCCGCAGAGGGCAAAUUUUCAGUGGAUCCCCCCCUCCUGCCCCCCCCCCCCCGUCUUUUCUCUUCAGAUUAUUAUUUAAUUUUGUCCAAGGGAAACAAAUCAACCUGUAUAGCUGUUCCUGAACAAAACAAAUAAUGGGCUCGGGACCACAGAAAGAAGCUCACCAGAGAACCCAUGGGAAAUAAUCACUGCUCGGUCCCAUGUGCCAAGAACCUGAGUAAUAACAAAAAGAAAAGGAGUACUUGUGGCACCUUAGAGACUAACCAAUUUAUUUGAGCAUGAGCUUUCGUGAGCUACAACUCACUUCAUCGGAUCACGAAAGCUCAUGCUCAAAUAAAUUGGUUAGUCUCUAAGGUGCCACAAGUACUCCUUUUCUUUUUGCGAAUACAGACUAACGCGGCUGUUACUCUGAAACCAGUAAUAACAAAGCUCAGCAGCAGAACCAUUCCAAAGCCAGCUGACAAGUAGUAAAGAUGACUGGUGGGAACACAAGAGGGCCUGAUUUUGCAUUUGGGCCUGAUCUGACCUCUUUUAGCCACAUUAGAUGAAAUCCCCCUUGUGCACAGAGUCAAUAUUAGUCCCAUGAACCCCACCGAAGCUUCCAAAAUUUGAUUUAUUUGGGGUUGGUCCUGCUUUGAGCAGGGAGUUGGACUAGAUGACCUCCUGAAGUCUCUUCCAACCCUGAGAUUCUAUGAUUCUAUGAAAUAUAACCUAUGUGGUAUUUUGGCCUCUGAGGAGUGGGCUUCACCUGCUGAGUGACUAGAUCCUCAGCAUCACAAUUCCAGGGGCCCAGCACCCACAGAUGGAGCUAGAUUUCCAAAUGUGCUCAGCACCCAACAUGCUCCCAGCUGUUCUCACAAACUGGCCCUGACUGUGGGUUCUGGGCUUCUCUGGUCAUUCUGGGCACGCUCUGCAAGUGAGUCCCAAUGGGGGCCCUUGCAUAGCAAGGUGCUGCUGAGGUUGAGUCAAGGGGCCAGAGCCGAGCCCCGUUGUCGGCAGUCUGGUCAUAGACACAUGCAGGAAAAUUCCUAUUCCCCACAGCUGCUCCAAGUGUCCUAUUCCCGGGAGCUGGAGCCAUGCGUUUGCAUAUGUCAAUAUAGGAGGGGUCAGGCCUGUGGGAGGGUUUUGUAGCACCAGUUGCCAGCCCUGGAUCUGGGACUACGCAGCCCUGUUCUGGAGCUGAUGGGGAACAUAAGAACGGCUAUACUGGGUAAGAUGAAAAGUCCAUCUAGAGCAGUAUCCUCUCUUCUGACAGUGGCCAAUGCCAGGUGCCCCAGAGGGAAUGAACAGAACAGGGAAUCGUCAUGUGAUCCAUUACUUCAGCGUUGUGUGAAAAAAAACUUCCUUUGUUUGUUUUAAACCUGCAAGGCACCAUCCCCACAGCCUGAGACUUACACCAGCUAAACCCCCACAAUGCACCAUCCUCACACACUGAGACUUACACCAGCUAAACCCCCGCAACGCACCAUCUCCACAGCCUGACACCUGCACCAGCUAAAUCCCGGCAAUGCACCAUCCCCACAGCCUGAGACCUGCACCAGCUAAAUCCCCUCAACGCACCAUCCCCACAGCCUGAGACCUGCACCAGCUAAAUCCCCGCAACGCACCAUCCCCACAGCCUGAGACCUGCACCAGCUAAACCCCCUCAAUGCACCAUCCCCACAGCCUGAGACCUGCACCAGCUAAACCCCCUCAACGCACCAUCCCCACAGCCUGAGACCUGCACCAGCUAAACCCCCUCAAUGCACCAUCCCCACAGCCUGAGACCUGCACCAGCUAAAUCCCCUCAACGCACCAUCCCCACAGCCUGAGACCUGCACCAGCUAAACCCCCUCAAUGCACCAUCCCCACAGCCUGAGACCUACAUCAGCUAACGCCCCACAAGGCACCAUACGGACAGCCUAAGACAGGCACCAGCUAAACCCCUGCAAUGCAUCAUCCAGAUAGCCUGAGACCUACACCAGCUAGAGGGACAGAACCACAUUGGAAAUAGCAGCAGUGAUGGGGUUAAAGAAGGGCAAAGGUUGCUAUUUCUGCUUUCUGUAGUAAUGUUGGUUGGCCCCUGCCCUUUCUCCCCACAUCACCUCUCAUGUCUACAGGAAGACGCUAAGUCCCUGGGUGCAUGGACUGUACCCUUGUGUCUGUCCCAGACAAAGGCACGUAUAUUCUGGGUGCUGUGAAAUCUAAUAAAACUUCAUAAUACUAAAAACUGUCCUGAGGAGAGUCACAUCUAAACAAAGACCAGAACUAAUUGUUUUGUUCACAUAAAUACAGAGGGUCCGGGUCACCACUGAUAUCAAUUGGCCAUAGCUCCAUUGUAGUCAAAGGGCCAGAUCCCCAGCUGCAGUAAACUGGUCCUGCUCCAUUGGAGUCAAUGGGCCAAUUUACGUCAGUUGGAGGUCUGGCCCAGAGAUCAGCCCAAGCCUGUUGCCGCGGACUCCAUGGACUGUCUGAGUUUCUCACCUGCAGCUGGACUCUCACUUCAGCCCAGCUCUACUCAAACACACAAAGAGCAAUCACACUGGGAAGGCUACUGACUUUUCUACUAUCUCCUCUUUAUGGCAGAGGCUUAAGGUAAUAAGCUCACAGAAAUCUUAUACCCCCAGCAGCAAGAUGUUCCACCGGGAAGCUGACACAUCUCCAAAUGCUGCUUGUGGCAGAGUGGGCUGUAUCUGUAUCCAAUGACAAGCUCCCUUUUGUAUUUGGUGGUGAACACAACUUGCCCAAGGCAACCUAUUGUGUUGUGUUAAUCUUUGUCCCCUGACCUGAGCUCAGGUGGCCAUUUAUAUCUUAGAAAGUGUUAAGAUGUUUGCUCAAUGAGCGUAAAUGAAAUUAAAGCAAUAAACACUAGCAGGAGUCAGCGAAGAAACAUAACAAUUGUUUUAAAAUAAGGUUUUACAGCGGGCCUGAUGGCUAGUAUGUAGCUAGCAGUAGUAAUAGCUAGCACAAGGCCACGUUAUGCCAAGUUUAGUAAGUAACGUUGGUUUAGCAGAUUUAACAAUACAUAGCUUGUGAUAGACUGUCUAGACCAGGGGUGAUCAAUUAUUUUUUGUCAAGGUCCACAUUUCUUGGUCAAGGUAUAGUCAAGGUCCAGUCUCCAGAGAAAAUACAAAAAUAAUAAUAAUGAUAAUAAGAAAAUAAAAAGAUUUUGGGGUCCAUUCAAAAGUGUCUGGUGGUCCAGAUUUGGCCCGCAGUAAUCCUAUUGACUACCCUGGUCUAGACCACAGAGGCUUUAUUUAGUCAGCCUUCAUCAACCACAUUGUACAGAAAACUAGCUGUCUGUGUGACUGCGUACAAGAAUAACUGUAACCCCAUACAGGCAGCAGGAAUGACGCGUGUGGCUUAGAGGCCAAGACUUAAUUGAAUAUGGUCUCAGAAAUAGGUGGGUGUAAGGAAUAGGG